UAGUUUUAUCCACGCGUUUGUCCCGCGAUGUGUAGUUGUUUGGUUUCUCGUCCCAUCAUCGUUCGUCGUAGUGUGUUAUGAUUGGUAAUCGAGCGAGAGUGUUGUUGUUGGGUUGUCGUCGCUGGAUGGUUGAAUCACUUCUGUCUCUGCUCCGUCCAUGAUUUCAUCUUACACUGGUGGAAGAGGGUACAGUCUUAAAGUGGAUCUAUCUCCGGCGUGUGGUCGUUAGUGAAAUCUCCCAAGUCGCGGUCGCGGACUUUUAUUCGGAAAUAUUGCUGAGGAUCGUUAGUGCGGGUGGCGACACAAGAAAAUUACAUUUUAUGGUGUUUUGAAAGUGAGGAAAGCAAUCCAUGCAAUGUGAUUGGCAGCAGUGAAAGAAGUAACGGCCUGUUUUCCGUUUUCUGUACUGUUAAUACUCAAUAUCCAAGAGAUUAUUGAUUAGGGGAAGUAAUAAAGCAAAAUGGUGCUCUACAAGCUGAUGGUUGUGCAUUGGUCUAUUUUUACGCUUUUUAUACAGUUGGUUUUCUGUGCAUCUGCCUUGACAAAUACCAACCUGAACUCAAUUUGUGAUGACGACAGCCCCCAGUUCAUCGCAGAAACGGGUUCGCACUCGAGUCUGGUGUUGAAUCUUCUGCCAGACAAGAGCAAACCGUUCUGCAAGCGUCAAUUUCACGCUCCGGAGUCGCACGGUUUCUAUGUGCGGCUGCAGAGGAUACCGAUCCAGGCGGGCACCAACCGUAAAGCCUCCCAGCAGAGUAGCGGCAUGUCGAAAAAGUAUGGCAGCAAGAAGAUCAGCAACCUCACUGAUUCCUGUGCGCUGAGUAUAUCCCAAUCAUUACACGGGGAAAUGCUACCUCCAUGGCGGUUGGAUCCAUGCGAGCUGGAAACUAUCGGUGCUAAAGAAGAACCGGUUCGCCUGCUGCAAGGGCGUUUGAACAUUGUCUGGAACCAUCUGGGCAAUCAACCACCGUACCGAUUGCUAGUGACUGUUAUCGGAAAUGGUGCGCCUUGCUUGGAAAAAGAUCGUCACCCCUGCCUGGAGGUGGAUGACGUCCCAUUGCUUUGCAUCUCGAAGGAUCUCAUUUGUGAUGGGGUGCGGCAUUGUCCCACGUCGAUGAAUGCACUCAGUGAUGAGGACACUGAGAUGUGCGCAAGGAAGCGGCAGCAUGACCUCACGGACAAUCCUGUGGAAAUGGUGUUCAAAAAGUACAUUCAAACAACUUUCAAAGCAUUCUUUUUCACUGAUUCCACCGAAGUGCCUACGAAAGAAGUCUCAACGGCAUCGAUCGAUGAGAAACGAAUAGAAGUGACUGAAACUCAAACACAAAGCACUAUAAAGCCGCACAGAAGCACUCUCACUGGACUGUCGAAAUAUGGCCCCUGGGGCUAUUUGUUCCUCGGUAUGUUGCUUUGCGGUGGUGCUUUAUUAGUGUGCGGUCUGUGGGAGUGCUGCUGUAGGUCGCAAAAGCCGGAUGCAUCAGAAAUACCUGGCCAGGAAAAUCCGUCCGUUUUUCUUGAGUCUGGAGUGAGCAAUUCCAAUGUUAACACUUCAGCUGCAACAACACAGUCAUUACCUCCAUACGAGGAUCUUGAUCCUCCACCGGCAUAUUCGGUUCUCUUUCCAAACCAAAAAUCAUCGGACAAUCUCCCUUCGUUAGCUCAUUCAUCGAGCGUGAGUCAACAAAGUACCGAUGGCAUUAACGAACCAGUGCAAUCCAGUAGCGGUGCAGCAAACGUCACUACAGUCCACAUUCAGACCCAAACCGGUCAUUGAGUAAUCAUUCUCAUAAGUGUAGGUUAACAAUAAGGCUGAUUUUACUAUUUAUUUAUCAGAAAUCCGUAUUGUCGAGUAGGUAGCUUUAGAAUACUCCAUUUUUACGGGUUUCGACCUAACUCUGUAUAGCUAGAACCAAACGAUAGAACGAUAUUAUGAAAUAACAGUUUCAUCGAAAUUCGUUUGCAACUGGAUGGAUCAAAUGAUACACUCUUAGGAAGGAUAGUUAAGCAAUGAAACAUUCCAUUGCGCUUGAAAGGUGUUUCGUUCUAUUCUCCUCAGGUAUUGUUUUCCACGAGUACUACGGAAUAAGUCAGAAGGUAUUUUUACGAGAGAAGUGUGAGGUCUCACAGAUAAGCAUUUGUAUUCGUAUUCAGCUAACCGUCAUGUGAUAUUAAAUUAUUUGUAAACAUGGAAUAAGUACCUCAUUUGAACAGCA